GGCUAAUUUUUUUGUAUUUUUAGUAGAGACAGGGUUUCACCGUGGUCUCGAUCUCCUGACCUCGUGAUCCGCCCGCCUCGGCCUCCCAAAGUGCUGGGAUUACAAGCGUGAGCCACCGCGCCCGGCAGGUUACACCAUGUUUAUAGAUACACACUAGCGCUUUUUACCACUGGAGCUCAUCCAAAGGUGCCAUUUGCCAUCUCUGUUUGAAUAAUGGAGAGGUGGCUGGAAACCCAACCUAAGCACAGCCUUGCUAGUCACAAAAAAGUCACGCAACAUGACUUUUGCCCACCCUAGUUAGAGGCUGGCUUCACCUUGUUCCCUGAAUCCUAGUGAGACCAAGCGUGAAAACCCCUGCUUUUUUAACUUCUCCAGAGAAAGCACUGCAUUGCCAUGCUAAUCAACACCCCCUCGCCCCCAAACAAAACUAACUCUGUUUAGUUCUAAAUAAGAACAAAAGAACCUUUGGAGUCUGGAGUACAGGACCAGAAAAAUCAGGAAAUCAAGUGAAGGGCUCAGCACCCCUCUUAGCCUCUCCUGUUGUGUCUGCCUGAUCCCAAGUGGCAGGCAGAGCCCCCUCUCGGCUUUCCUUUACAGUGGGCAAGGCCAUCAUGAUGCCCUUAAGAAGACCCCCAACAUCUUCUUGGGGAAAAAAUUGGCUCUUCAGAGCUGUCCCCAAGGCUCCCUCUUUUAGCCCUCUUGCAUAGGGUCAUUUGCAUGAGAACAGAUUCCUUUGUGUAAAGUUGGCCUGCCUGUUCUCUGUCCACGUUUAUAGUCCUUCAAGUCUUCGUGUUGGGUUGCUAGGCAGAUAUGACCCUGGCUUGCAAAUAAGCUCACUGCAUUUACCAGCCUGUGAGAACUUCAACUUGGGUAAGUAGACUGAAAGGAAUCUGGUCUGGAGCUCUGGGAAGAGGGUCCCGCAAGCCUGCUUUUGGGGGCUGACUCUUCAGGGCAGCCAUCAAAAAGGGAGAGUAUGUGAAGGGGGCUUCCAUGGGAGGCUGUGAUGGCCCACCCACCCUUCCAUUCUUCCUCUUCCGGUCUCUGUUCCACCCACCAUGCUCCGACCCAGGGGCUUGUGACUUGUAUGCCACUGAAGCAAUUUCUUGCUUUAAAACUUUAAUAUCUGCUUCUCCAGUUGGCCAGGAACUUCACACACUCCGCCAUCUAGCAACAGUGAACCGAUGGUCCGGGUAGUUCUGCUAGGAUUAUUUUGUGAUUUGGGGUCCUCCCCUGCAGCACUCCCCCCCUCAAAUUUCACAGUUUGUAGGAAGGCAGGGGCCCUUCAAACUGGGAAACGCACACUUCUGGGGGAAUUUAAAGAUUUGCCAAGGGGUUCUGAGGCACAGAUAGUGAUGACGAUGAUAAUAAUAAUACUACAGAGUUGUGUGCAUGGCUUAGUACAGUUGCUAAGGUAACCGAAUUAACACGUGCAAGGGGCUUAGCACUGGGAUUGGCUCAUGGUCAGGUUCCCUAUCUCUUGGCUGCGACUCUUUCAACCUGUGAUUCCUGGGGGAUUGAGGAGCAUGGCGAUCAGGGAAGCCUUCAACUGGCAGAGAGGACCUUGGAAGAACUGGCAAGGGGUGCUGAGCCAGGGGAGAGGUGAACAGCAUGAGAGGAAGGUAGGAGCACCUUUGCUGCUUAAAGUGUGAUCCAAAGAUGAGCAGUACAGGCCUCACAUGGGCUUGUUAGAAAUACAGAUCCUGGCCGAGUGUGGUGGCUCACGCCUGUAAUCCCAGCCGUUUGGGAGGCCAAGGCAGGCGGAUCACAAGGAAACCUUACGGAAACAUGAAGCCCUCUACCAUCUGGAACUCACUUAUUCGGGGCUGACUGCGGCUUCUAGAACGUCCAGGUGUUCUGCAGAUGCAAGAACUCAUCCUGUAGUCACCAGAUGGAGUCCCAAGCAGCCAAACAGAUGUAAGGCCUGUGCUGUGGCUCUGAGGCCCUGAAUACAGACGGGUCACUUUCUUAGUGGCCAAAGAGCAGUUGUCGACAUUGAUGUCUAAUUAUUGAACACGACCAGUCAUUUUACUGAGCUGCGGUGAGGAAACACUGACCAUAGAAGAUCAAGCCAAAUUAGGGAUUGCAAAUUUCCUGAUUCUUUUGAAUUAGGAUUCCAGAUGGGGGCCUCAUUUCUAUAGCCCCCAACAUUCCUCUAGCCGUUAUCACUGCCAUCACCGCUGCCACCAGCAUCUUCUUGCAGACUCCACCCCUGCUCCCUAGAGACUUCCUGCUUUGAAAGUGAGCAGAAAGGAAGCUCUCAGAAAAGUCUCUAGUGGUGGCUGCCGUCACUCCAGACAAUCAGAAUCCUGCCUUAACCACCAUGGGCUGGCUUUUUCUAAAGGUUUUGUUGGCGGGAGUGAGUUUCUCAGGAUUUCUUUAUCCUCUCGUGGAUUUUUGCAUCAGUGGGAAAACAAGAGGCCAGAAGCCAAACUUUGUGAUUAUUUUGGCUGAUGACAUGGGGUGGGGUGACCUGGGAGCAAACUGGGCAGAAACAAAGGACACUGCCAACCUUGAUAAGAUGGCUUCGGAGGGAAUGAGGUUUGUGGAUUUCCAUGCAGCUGCCUCCACCUGCUCACCCUCCCGGGCUUCCCUGCUCACUGGACGACUUGGCCUUCGCAAUGGAGUCACGCGCAACUUUGCAGUCACCUCUGUGGGAGGCCUUCCGCUCAACGAGACCACCUUGGCAGAGGUGCUGCAGCAGGCGGGUUACGUCACUGGGAUGAUAGGCAAAUGGCAUCUUGGACACCACGGCUCUUAUCACCCCAACUUCCGUGGUUUUGAUUACUACUUUGGAAUCCCAUAUAGCCAUGAUAUGGGCUGUACUGAUACUCCAGGCUACAACCACCCUCCUUGUCCAGCAUGUCCACAGGGCGAUGGACCAUCAAGGAACCUUCAAAGAGACUGUUACACUGACAUGGCCCUCCCUCUCUAUGAAAACCUCAACAUUGUGGAGCAGCCGGUGAACUUGAGCAGCCUUGCCCAGAAGUAUGCUGAGAAAGCAACCCAGUUCAUCCAGCACACAAGCACCAGCGGGAGGCCCUUCCUGCUCUAUGUGGCUCUGGCCCACAUGCACGUGCCCUUACCUGUGACUCAGCUACCAGCAGCCCCACGGGGCAGAAGGCUAUAUGGUGCAGGGCUCCAGGAGAUGGACGGUCUGGUGGGCCAGAUCAAGGACAAAGUCGACCGCACAGCGAAAGAAAACACAUUCCUCUGGUUUACAGGAGACAAUGGCCCAUGGGCUCAGAAGUGUGAGUUAGCAGGCAGUGUGGGUCCCUUCACUGGAUUGUGGCAAACUCGUCGAGGGGGAAGUCCAGCCAAGCAGACGACCUGGGAAGGAGGGCACCGGGUCCCAGCACUGGCUUACUGGCCUGGCAGAGUUCCAGUUAAUGUCACCAGCACUGCCUUGUUAAGCGUGCUGGACAUUUUUCCGACUGUGGUAGCCCUGGCCCAGGCCAGCUUACCUCAAGGACGGCGCUUUGAUGGUGUGGACGUCUCCGAGGUGCUCUUUGGCCGGUCACAGCCUGGGCACAGGGUGCUGUUCCACCCCAACAGCGGGGCAGCUGGAGAGUUUGGAGCCCUGCAGACUGUCCGCCUGGAGCGUUACAAGGCCUUCUACAUUACCGGUGGAGCCACAGCAUGUGAUGGGAGCACCGGGCCUGAGCUGCAGCAUAAGUUUCCUCUGAUUUUCAACCUGGAAGACAAUAUCGCAGAAGCUGUGCCUCUAGAAAGAGGUGGUGUGGAGUACCAGGCUGUGCUGCCUGAGGUCAGAAAGGUUCUUGCAGACGUCCUUCAAGACAUUGCCAAUGACAACAUCUCCAGCGCAGACUACACUCAGGACCCUUCAGUAACUCCCUGCUGUAAUCCCUACCAAAUUGCCUGCCGCUGUCAAGCCGCAUAACAGACCAAUUUUUAUUUCAUGAGGAGGAAUAUCUGGGAAUUAGACAGGCAAGUUGCUUCCAAACUUUAUUUUUACCCUCUUUACAAACACACGCUUUAGUUUAGUCUUGGAAUUUGGUUUUGGAGUUAGCCUCGCAUAUCCCUUCUGUAUCCUGUCCCUCCUCCACACCGGCCUGAGAGCCGCUGAGCCGUGCUGGCUCUGGGCAGGGAGUGUGCCUUAAUGGGAAGCACAUGGGCUUUGGACUCAGGCACAGGUGCCAGCUCCAGCUUUUGAACUUGGGCAAUUGUUUAACCUAACCUGGAAGUUGAUUUUGAGGGUUAAAUAAAGGCAUACAUGAAAAUGCCUGGCACAUUACCUGACAAAGAGCAGAUAUUCAAUACGUUUUAGUUUCCUUGUUUCUCUGGUUCCCAGUUUCUCUGGUCAUUUUGGCGUAAAUCCAUUCUAAUUAGUAUCUGGGGCAGAGCUGCUCUCUCUCUCUUUUUUUUUUCCUUCCAUAAACCAGUGUACUCACUGGUCUCCAUCUUUAAUAUGCAAAUAAAUCACCUGGGAUCUUGUGAGAAUCCGGAUUCUGUCUCAGUAGGUCUCGAGUGGAGCCUGAAAUCCUACAUUUCUGGCAAACAAUGCCUUGAGGAGCACAGAUUUAGACCAAAGUUAGGUCGUUUUCCAGAUCUCAGAGCAGACGAGUCCAUGCAUAAGUCUGUGGCCCAAUCCCCUUCCUCUCCUUUUAAGGGUGAAAUGACUGCAUUUAAAAGAUGUUAAAGAGUUCCUCCUGUCCCCUAUAACCACAAGGAAAUUAAAAAAACAUAUAAAAACCUCAAAAA